AUGGCUGUAACACAGCACCUACGGGACCCUCCCCCCUUACACGAGUUGGCAGCCCUCAUCGAGAAGUCCCUACUCUCAAACUUUGCGACUGCAAGCGCAAAGGUAGUGGAAUGUCCUGACCUGCGCCAUGCACCAUUCAAUCUCGCUGGAUCCGGACUCUCCGGCAACACGCGCAUAGCCGACGUAGGCGGACAGCAACACCUAUUCCCUCGGCCAGUCCUCGACGCUAAAUACUCGCUCCUCUCCCUGGCAAAGGAUAUGGAGAUGUCUGCAGCGAAAGGCUUCAUUCUUGGAGCCGGUGCCGCGCCUUUCCAGGACAUCGGACAAAAUGCCGAAUUGGCACCGAACUUGUCGUGGAAAGCAAUCGACCACACGUCUGAUCUCACUGAUCCAGGCUCACUACGGCUGGAGAAUUGCACGCGCGUGAUCAAGGUUAAUAAAGAGAACACACCACACUGCGAACAGCUGUCAAGCACAAACUCGGCACUGAUGAUAAACCUCUUCGGUUCGGACGGGCAAACAGGCCCGGUUCUCAAGAUAGUCGCGCGGAUACGCACCGGCAAAGACAACUUCACGAACUGUAUUCGGGGUAGCCUGCGUGAUGCAUAUGGGGAUUCGAGACCGGUUAGUUUGGGUGGUGCUUUCCUGCUCAAGUCUGGAAGCGCAAAAUUCCAUGUUAUGCCUGAUUUCCCGAAAGAGGAUCAAUUGCCAUUUCGAGAUCGGCAAUUCCUGGAGCAAGAGUGGCUGACUUAUCAUGUUUUUGAUGCGCCGGUGGUUUGUCUGAAUGUUAUGCAUAGUGCUGAUCCUGAAGGGUUGGGUUUGAGGAUGGAGCAUACUCAUUGUUUCGAGGCGGAUGGAGACCGCAAGGGGGGUCAUUAUCAUUAUGAUAUUCAGGAGGACUGUGACGAUGUUGAGUAUGAGGGUUACUUCAAUGUGGCUGAGGUCGUCUACAGAGUUGAUCGACCUAGUGUAUGA